AAUUGCCAUGCCGCUUGCAGGCAUAUGUUUAGGACAUACCCGUGGGGCUUGAAGGGGCUUUGUGUGGCAACUAAAGCAACUGAGAGUUCGACGACCAGUUUCGGAGAUGCCACCGAAAGGAAAAAGCGCAUCGGGAAAAGGGGGGAAAGGAAAAGUAGCCUCUGGGAGUGACAGUGCUGACAAAAAGCCUCAGGGCCCCAAAGGUGGUGGCAAUGCAGUAAAGGUCAGACACAUUCUGUGUGAAAAACAUGGAAAAAUCUUGGAAGCCAUGGAAAAGCUAAAGUCUGGAAUGAAAUUCAAUGAAGUGGCUGCACAAUAUAGUGAAGAUAAAGCCAGGCAAGGGGGCGACUUGGGUUGGAUGACCAGAGGGUCCAUGGUGGGACCAUUUCAAGAAGCAGCAUUCGCCUUGCCUAUAAGUGUGCUGGAUAAGCCUGUGUUUACAGACCCUCCAGUUAAGACAAAAUUUGGGUAUCAUAUUAUAAUGGUUGAAGGGAGAAAAUAAAAUUGUAUGAAAGACUGCAUGUGUUUUAUACAUUGUUGUUUCCUUCAAAAGGUGUUGAAUUAAUCCUUGUAUUUUAUGAACUCUGUCAUUGUGGGUUUGUGGGUACAAAAUCAGGUGGGUAAAGACUGGUGUGCACUGUGGUAUUUAGUCGAUAGUUCUCCAAGAUAAGUCAGGCAGACUCCUUUUAACCUGUAGUCCCUUUCCUCCCAGAACUACUUUAUCUGAUUCUCAGGAUAUCCCAUAAGUUAGAGACCAUCUCUAGAGGAGCCACAUAUCAGCUCACACAAUUCAACAUUGAACUGGACAUUGAAUAGAUGGAUUAGCAUAUGAAAACCAUAAAAUAAGUUCCUAGACAGCUUAUUUAUAAGCUAGCCAACACUGACCUGCCAAGACAAUUAUUAGCACCACUAUCAUUACAUAGUACAUGGCACACAAUGGCCAUUCAGCAUUAACUCCUUUCUUUUUAAAUAAAUGUUUAUUGGAAGAAAAAAGGCACUCAGUUCUUCCACUGUACUACACUCAGCAGCAGCCAUUCACCAAGUGCUGGUUAAAGGGAGAAAUGUCAGCAUGAAAACAUUCCCUUGGAGUUCCAUGGUAGCUCAGCAGGUUAAGGAUCUGGCAUUGUCACAGCAGUGGCCCAGAUAGCUGCUGUGGUGUGGGUUUGAUCCCUGGCCCAGGAACUUCCACAUGCUGCCAGCGUGGCAAAAACACCCCAAAACAAAGACAAAACAUUCCCUCAUCCUCAAAUGUAUGGGUUGUGUUAUGACAGUCCCUUUCAGGCCAAUGUUCUGUUUAUCUGUGUUUUUAAAUUUAUAAAGACACAUUUAUGACGCAGAAAAAACUAAAGAAAGGAAGAGAUAAAGGAAAUUUGGGAUUGAUGAAAAUGUUCUCUAUUUUGAUUGUAAUGAUGGUAACAUUUGUUAAAACUCAAAGCUGUACACUUGAGAUGGAUGCAUUUAUUACAUGUAAAUUAUACCUCAAUAAGUCUGAUUUUUAAAAUUUCCCAAAAAAGUAUAAAGAAUACUAUAAAUACUAUACUGCUGCAAAAAUAAAACUUUUCCAACACAA